AAGUAGACUUUGUAAAUAACUAAACGCUGUAACCAACUCCAUAGUGGCGUUAAGCUAUUUUCCUUUCUUAUGCUUACAUGGAGAACUAAGAACGCGAAAGAACCUACCCGGCCGCCGUAGUGUCUCCGGCGCUUUCCUUGCCCCGUCAGUUUCUUGACUUUCCCUCCCACUCCUGCGCAGCACCGACCCGGUUUUCUGCUCCCCUUUCCUCGCCUGUCGUCUGGUGAACAUGUCGGAGUACAAUGCAGUGCCGCCACCAGGUCCUGGGGCCACUCUCGGUGGACAGGCAGCUCUUGGGAACGGAGCGGGAGGCAUAAAAAAAGAUGCGUUUGCGGACGCGGUGCAGCGGGCCCGGCAGAUUGCAGCUAAGAUCGGGGGCGAUGCUGGAACUCCUCUGAAUAACACUGCAUCAGAAGGCUUUCCAUUCACUGCACAGAAACGACAGCUGGAGGACGCAGAUGAACCGGAGAGCAAGAAGCUGGCUGCACAGAGUGACCUGGAUUCAGCCAAAGCACUGUCUAUUGGUGCACAGCUAGCUGCUCUUGCACAACAAAGGCCCACCUCCACCACAGAGGAGUACAGUGUACCAGACAGCAUGGUGGGACUCAUUAUUGGCCGUGGAGGUGAACAGAUCAAUAAGAUUCAACAGGAGUCAGGUUGCAAGGUUCAGAUAGCUCCAGACAGUGGAGGGCUUCCAGAGAGGAGUGUCUCUCUCACAGGUUCCCAUGACUCCAUACACUCUUCCCCGGCCAGGAAAUCCAAGAUGCUGUUGGACGAGAUAGUGUCACGAGGGAGGGGAACACCCCCUUCUUCUUAUCAUGAGUCCACCAACGGGCAGAAUGGCACUGUACAUGAGAUGAUGAUCCCAGCUGGCAAGGCUGGCCUUGUCAUAGGCAAGGGAGGAGAGACCAUCAAACAGCUACAGGAGCGUGCAGGGGUGAAGAUGAUCCUGAUCCAGGAUGCCUCUCAGGGACCCAAUGUAGAUAAACCCCUACGAAUUAUUGGAGAUCCCUACAAAGUGCAGCAAGCCCAGGAAAUGGUGCAGGAGAUUCUGAGGGAGAGAGACCAUGGCGGCUUUAGUGAAAGAACUGACUUCGGCUCCCGCAUGGGAGGAGGCAUGGAUAUCCCGGUACCUCGACACUCAGUCGGCGUGGUCAUAGGGCGUAAUGGAGAGAUGAUCAAGAAGAUCCAGAAUGAUGCUGGGGUUAGGAUACAGUUCAAACAAGAUGACGGGACUGGUCCAGAUAAGGUUGCCCACAUCAGUGGUCCUCCUGACCGCUGCGAGCACGCUGCCCAGAUCAUUAAUGAUCUGCUACAGAGCAUCAGAGUCAGGGAGGAGGGACAGGGGGGUCCCCCAGGCCCUCCAGGCAUGCCCGCAGGCAACAGAGGCAGAGGUGGAGGACAAGGUGGGUGGGGACCCCCUGGAGGGGAAAUGACCUUCUCUAUUCCUGCCCACAAGUGCGGGCUUGUGAUUGGUCGGGGAGGGGAGAAUGUCAAGUCCAUCAACCAGCAGACAGGGGCCUUUGUGGAAAUCUCUCGACAGCCGCCCCCCAAUGGAGACCCCAACUUCAAGUUGUUCAUCAUUCGUGGCUCACCACAGCAGAUCGAUCACGCUAAGCAGCUCAUUGAAGAGAAAAUUGAGGGUCCUCUAUGUCCUGUAGGCCCGGGGCCAGGUGGACCAGGUCCUGCUGGUCCCAUGGGUCCCUACAACCCUAACCCAUACAACCCUGGACCACCGGGGGCACCUGGACCACCACAUGGUGGUCCUCCAGGUCCUCACCAGUACACUCCUCAGGGCUGGAGCAACACCUACCAGCAGUGGCAGCCCCAGGCAGCCCAUGACCCCAGCAAGGCAGCAGCCAAUGACCCCAAUGCAGCCUGGGCAGCCUACUACGCUCAGUACUACCAGCAGCCGUCAGGGGCUGUGCCAGCCCAGUACCCUGCUAACCCAGCUGGAGGUGCCCAAACUUCAGGGGACCAGACCCAACCGGCACAGACGCCAGGAGGCCAGCCAGACUACACCAAGGCCUGGGAGGAGUACUAUAAGAAGAUGGCCCAGACGGGUGGCUCCGUCCCCGGGACAGCACCUGCAGCCCCAGGAACAGCAGCAGGAGGAGCAGCAUCCACAACAGGGGGCCAGCCUGACUACAGCGCAGCCUGGGCGGAGUACUACAGACAACAGGCUGCAUACUAUGGACAGACAGGACAGGCCCCUGGCCAGUCAGCCACUCCCCAGCCAGGACAGACGCAGUGAGAACUCACGGCAGAAGGAUGCCAGAGAGAAUCAGGAAGAAGGGAUGAAGACAAGCCUGAACUUAAGGCCAGAGUCUAGCCUUUUAAGAUUUUUUUUCCUUGUGAGGGGAAACAAAUCCCUCCCUCACCACCAAACACCCCCUGGAUACUUAAAAAAAAAUGUGACCUGAACAAACAUUCUAGUGCUAGCUGCUGAGGGGAGGGAGAAGACUGAUAACCCCUUCAUGACAGACACACAGCUUCUCAAUGCCUCUACAUACAUUUAUAAAUGCUGUUAUGAACAUGGAAGCCUUGAAGCGGUGACUUCAUUGCAGAGAGGUUGAGUUGCCAAUACAUUUUAUUACAUGUUCUAUUUAUUAAUGUCUUGACUUAGAAGUCCCAUUUAAAGCACUUAGCAUCAUACCCCUGUGUUAUAUUUACAGAACUGAACAGAAUUAAUAGGACUAUAUUCAUACCGCGUGUCUGGUACAGAUCAUACAUCAGCGUUAUCCUUUUAAGAUCAUUUUUUGUUUUGAUUUUUUCUUUUUUAAAUAAAUUGUCACAUUUCUUCUCUGAUGAGGUUUGCAUGGUGUUUCAACUCAUGUUCAGCAGGAUUGUUUUUUUUUCUUUCUUCUUAUGAAUGUGUUCACUUAUAGUGUUUUGUACAAGUGAGACAGUUUUCCACUGUACAAAAUUAGAUCUACAGUGUUGAUUCAUGCAUGCGGGAUGACCAAUAACUGUUGAAAGCUGCUACAGGUAGCUGAUAAAACACUUGAUUAUUGUUUUUCAAGAUGCACAGCGAUGAGUUGUUUUAAAGAUGGAGGUGGACAUCUGGUUUCACAAGUAGAUUUUUACAUUUAAAGGUUCAAAGGUUAAAAUUAAAACUGUGUAAAUUGGGAGGCUAUGACAAGACAGCUGUUUUUUUAAUGGCUCAUAGGCUACAGGAUUGUUCUACCUUACAGCAGGCUAAGAAUCUUUGUUUUGGCCCUGGAUACACAUGGCUUCCAAUAAACAGCCCUGCCAUAAAUACCCAUCAGUGUGAGGGUCACUACAGGGAGCAGUGUUUGGUUCAUGAUGCCAUCAUUCAUAAUUUUUCUGUUUAAUUUCACUUUAUUUUAGUUCCAGCACCUUUUUUGCCUCUUGAAAUGUCCAUUCAGGAGUGUUGCACUUGAGAGCGUUUGUUGUCAGGCCAGAAACAACCCAGCUAACUGUGAAGACCAAAAUCGAAGUAAGACGAUGCCUGUUUUUAAAGAUGUGACUGGCUUGGUGUGGACAAUCCUAGUUAUCUCAGAUUGCUUGGAACACACAAAUGUGAUACUGCUACCGUAUCAUAUUUGAAUGCUAGAAAUGCAUUCUGCAUUUAACUUGAGGCAACUGCAUAUUGUAUGUCUUUGUCACUCAUCUGCAGGUUCUGAGACCCUCUGUAGUUUAUACAGCUGCAGGUUCUUCUACCAGAACAUGUCAUGCAAGGCAACAUUCAAACUAUUUGACCCAAGCUGUGAUUUGUUUUAUCUCAAGGUUGCAUGCUUGCUUUUUACUUUACAUACCUUUGUUUUUAUGGAUGCCAACAAGAACAUCGUGAUCUUUUGCCUUCCCACAGCAAUUUCUUUUUUAAUGUGACAGAAUUAAAUUCAGUCUUCCAAUGUGUCCCACUUUAAGAUAUAUGUACAUAUAUUCAGCAAUAUAGAGCUGUUGGUUUUGACUUACAGAAAUGUAUCAGGUAUGAUUCUUAUAUUCUGAAUGGCAGCUGUGAGUCUGCCUUUGGCAGCAGUGUUGAUAUUGUUGAUAGAUGACCACCAGCAGCAAUACUCUGAAUUAAAAAGGGGCAAACCACAAUUAC